AUGGGCGCAGGAAAAUCGAAUCUGGUAUCUAUCGUCAUAUCCCAUUUACUCGAAGCAAGCAUCAACGAUCAGGAACGCGUGGCAUACUUUUAUGCCAACAGCACGAGUCGAGUGGAGGAUACCAAGUCCGCCGAGACAGCCUUGAGAUCUCUGCUCAAACAGCUCGCUAUUCAGGGCCACAGAGCCCUACUGCAACCCGUUGUUGCAAGAUACGAUGAGCUUCGUGAUAUUUCUAGUCUCGGAAAAGAGGAUUGCAUCAGUCUGCUGACCGGUAUCAUCAGCGAAUAUCGGCAGACUAAUAUUAUCAUCGAUGCAUUUGAUGAGCUGGAAGAUGAUGAUGGCGCAGUGGUAAAGAUAUUCAUUUCGAGUCGCGACCAUGUUAACAUUGGCAAUUUGAUGGAUCGAAGUUGGGCCUGUCGAAAGGAGAUUCUUGUUGGAGAGAGCAAUUACUACGACAUUGAGAGAUUCAUUACCAUGCGUCUGCAGGACCUAGAGAAGGCGCUUCCUGACCCGAUUCCAGAGAACAUCAAGAAUGAUAUGGAAUGUCUCUUGAAGGAGCAAUCGAACGGAAUGUUUCUUUGGGUACACCUGUCCUUGAAGUAUCUAUCGCAGAUCAAGUUAAAGAAUCCGGCUACGUUCGUCGAUGAUUUGAAAUCAGUGCCUUCCGGCCUAGGAGAAGCAUACACGAAGCUGUACAGAUCCCUGCUCCAAGAUCAAAGCCAUGACAAAAUUUCCAAAAUUCAUUUGGUUUUAUCACUGCUUAUGUGUGGAUGCCGUGAUGAAAUAUUCGAGAGCUCAGCUUUUCUUUCAGCAAUCAACUACAACCCCGGCAAGGAGACCUCAAACCUAAGGGCAAUGGAUGUUUUAGAUCUAUGUUCUACCUUUGUGGAGCUAGAUCCUGAUACACAAAGCUUUCGGCUCAUUCAUUUGUCAGUAAAGGAAUUUCUCCAGACUCUAACAGAGUAUGAAUCGACGACUGCACACGCGCUAAUUGCCAACCAUUGUCUCUGUUAUCUUAAUGAGGAAGAGUAUUACGGUUACUAUACUGAGCGCUUCCGUAUGGGCAUUUCAAGACAGACUUAUGAUUUUGAAUAUUACGCCACCGAGACUUGGAUUGUUCAUUCGGCUAGAGCAGGAGCCCUGAGACAGAGUCCGCCACUCGCACAAGCUUUAUUCGAGUUCUGGCCUCGGGAGGGACGCACCAAGAAAUCUCCUUUCGAGAAAUCGGUCGGUGGUCUGUAUAAAUACAAGCAUGCUGAUGAUUUCCUAUCACCUAUUUUCAGUGGAGGGUACGGGUCCUUGGUUUUUGAUUUGAAGCCAACGACGUUCUUCCUGGCCUGUGAAUAUGAUAUUAGAGAAGAGAUCGAAAAUCAUCUGUCAAAUGGUUGGGAUAUCAAUACCACAGUCCCCGGAGGAUCAGGACUAUCAUUUGCAUGCAUUGGUAAUCAUCUGGAACUCGCAUCAUAUCUGAUUGAGCAUGGGGCAAGAAUUGUGCUUGGCACCGACACAUGCCUCAGAAAAUCGCUUGUAUCCGCGGCCGUCGAAUGCCAAAACCCGAAUAUCCUGGGUUUGUUAUUGCGACAUGAUGGGAAAAGAAUAAUGCAACCAGCAUUGGAGUGUGCUCUGAACAAGAGAAAUUUUGAUAGGGUCUACAUGUCUCUAUCCAUGGCAUCCGAAAGAUUGAUGGAGCAAAAGAUCAACAUGUUGCUUGAGUAUUCAUCCGAUCUUGAAUACUCGCCUGAAGUGCAACGAGAAAUGUUCCGAGGAGGCCCUGAGCUACUUGACUUGCUUCUAAACCGGAUUCCUUCAUUACGUGUUACCAGCGAAAUACUCAAGUGUCUCUUCGACUCAGGAGCUCCACCAGCUGAUAUUAAAAGCCACCUUAGGUUGUUGCUCCGCUUGGACAGCAACUUCGUGGCCUACGAGUCAUUCCAAAUCGCACUAAGACGGUACGAAGGAGAUGAUAAUCCACUAGAGGUCAUCAAGUACACUUUAGAAGAUUUGAAUCCAUCCGACCCGUCAGUCUUGGUAUCCGAAGCGGCCUUGCGCGCGGCAAUUGGCAACAUGCAUAACAGCGUCAUAUUCACCGAGUUCUUAUUACAAGCAAACUGCACUUUGGAGAUAUCUGAUGAUACAAUUUUAUGGACUGUUCGAGAGUCAGGAGAUCCUGUGAUCAUUGAUCUUUUGCUUCGACAUAACCCAGUGGCUCGAAGCCUUCCUCUAUCGCAUGUUAAAGGGGCUCUGGAUUCCGUUAUCCAUUUGGCCGAGGUGAUGGCAAUCCUUUUGAUACAUUCACCAGAAUUAGAGGUUGACCAAGAAACAUUUACCCUGGCACUUGAACAAACCUGGGCUGGGCUUGAAGCCCUUCAGGUUAUUCUUUCACGGGCUCCAAAAAUCGCAUUAACUCCAGAACUGAUUCACAAUAUCCGUUCGGACGCAGCAGACAAGAUCAUGCGUGAGGUGGUUGACUCAAGUAUACCUGAACAGGUUACCGAGGAAAUCAUAAGAGCUGCUUUGGGUAACUGGUUUUGUUGCGGGACUGGAAACUCUUACAAUCCUCCAUCACUGACAAUGAUCGAAUUGCUGUCUAAAGCCCCCAAGGAAUUGGACUUAUCAGAAGAGACCAUGUACCUGACCUGCAGCUCUACUCAUUGGAUCAUGGAUCAGGUAUUUGGGCGCUGGCCUAGCGCCCAUGUGUCAGAACUCGCCGUGGAGGCUACCCUUGGCGAUGUGCGAAGGUUCCGUGCUCUCGUGAAUUCCAAGCCCUCGAUUCAAGUCUCUAUCGAGGCUAUCACAUUUUUGUGUGGGAUGUACAACCACCCCAAUAAGGCCGACACUUUGAAGGAGAUGUUGAGUUUCCAGCCAAGCACUAUGAUCACGGAAGAGAUGCUCCUCGCAAGUAGCGCUCGCAUAGAAUUCCAGGGUUGUGAGAAGGUCUUUCAGGUCUUUGACAUCCUUCUAACGCAUAUGCUUUGUGUGAAAUUGACAGCCAAGAUUAUUCAAAAGGCAGCGCAGAGUCGCCACCACCAUACUCGCAUGCUUAAGAGAAUAUUAGCAGCUCGAAAGGAUCUCCACUUCAGCCCGCAGUCCAUCAGCAUUAUCUGCAGUCAAGAUGACCCUAGCGUCGAGUUCAAGGAAACUGUGGAUGAAGUCUUCAACCGAUCACAAAGUACUCGACUCGGCGAGAAUGAAAUGCACGAGGUAAUCACCUGCAGUUCGCCACAAGGCCUUAUGACAGUCCUGGCAAAGAGACCGGAUGCGAUAGUGACUGAGAGCCUUGUCAAAUGUCUCAUUGAUGAAAUCAAAAAUUACCGAGUUUACGACGGGUGCUUUUAUCAAUGGGGCCGUGACAUUAGUGAUGAGGCAUUUGAUAUGUUGCUGUGUCGUGCGGAUUUACCGGAGGUUCCGCGCCAAUUAUUGACAUUUGAAUUCCGGAAUGCAAGAAAAAAAACAUUUGGAUAG